GGGAAGGGUCUCGAUGGUCGAGUUGUUCAUUGCGAGACCGCGGAUACAAGACUAGUGAUUCAGGAUGGAUUCAAUCUCCACUCUCGGGUGAAGAAGCUGUUCCCCUCUGCACAGGGUUGCAGCGUCUCACUCUGCUCUGUGUUGGGUCUCCGGAGUUGUUCACAUUUUUGUAGGGUUUUGUGAGAACCAGCACAAUUUGCACUUGUUUGGAUUGGGUUUUAGUUGCCGUGUUGCGAUUGUUGUUGUUGUAGUUGAAGUAGUAGUAGUUGCAGCAGAGCGGCGCAGGACUUCGAGGGGGAUUUGUUAGCAGGCUGAGGAGAUUGUAAGUUGGGUUCAGGAUUGUUGUUAGUGAAUUAGGGUUUUGGAUUAGUGAGCAGUUCGAUGGCGCCGAUGCGCUUGUCUGCGCCCGGUUGCGCUGCAUCUUCUGUGUCGACUUCGAUGAGAGCGGUGGGAUGCGUAGGCAGCCAUCGGGUACCGCAGCCUUCGGGCAAUUCGGGAACUAACGUUGCUGCAACGUUAAAUCAUCGACAUUCUGUCUCUUCAGGGAAUCCUAAGAAAUCCAGCACUGCUUUUGCCUCCGUCACGGUUUGCCCAAGGAGAACCAAGUACUUUGCUUCGUUAUUAACUACCGCUGCUAUGGUAACAUGUCAAGCAGAGAAUCAAGCUGUUCAGAAUAAGCAGAAGGUCGUUAGCAAAGCUCCAUCAGGAUCCAAGGAGAAGUCUUUUACCCCAGAUCUUGAUGAUGGUGGCAUCGGAGGCGGACCAGGAGGCGGUGAUGGUGGCGGCGGUGGUGGGGGUGGAGGUGGCGGUGGAGGUGGUGGUUUCUUGUUUUGGGGAUUGCUAAUGCUUCUAGGACUCAUAAGGGACAACGAGCAGGACAAGCCUUACAGAGGACGCAAACCAAACAAGAAGGCGUUAGCAAAUAAAAAGCGGUCUCAAAUGCAGCAGGUGUGAUUUACCCUUGGACUUCUGCACUACAUCUCAACAAGUCUUCGAAAUAUAGUUUGAUGUGAGUUUCACAGCUUCGUAAAGGAGCUGGUGACAAAGCUUACGUAGGGGAAACGUGCUGUCACCUCUUACUCAUUUGUUUACGAGCUGCCUCAGUUUUAUUCCUGUGAGACCUAUUAUUUCUUGGUACAAGUUUCGGGUAGCUUUCUGGAAUGUUUUCAGGAAUUGAUAGACAACUUAUGGAGUUUUGAGUGGAUGAGAUAUGCAUUUCAUGAAACCAGAGUUUCAUAUCUCUGUCAGCAAGAACUGCCAACCUUUUAAACGGUUUAUAUGCGGUCUGCGCCACAUUGUAUAUUACGAUCUUGGACUUCAUAAAUCGUGUGAGUAGUUGCGACAGAAAUAUUAAUCUCAUCUCUAUACUUGUUACGGUUGAUGGGGUUACUUCUCCCUGAAA